GGUGUUAUGAGUUGGUUUCCACGGAAACAUUCAGGUUUAAUGUUAAAGUUUAGAAACAGAAGCAGAAAAAACAAAGCAGAUGCUACAGCAGUUGAGUAACUCCUCUUUGGUAAACGCGUUUUUACAAACAACAUGGACACGCCUGAGAAGAUAAAUGAUCAAACACAUGAAGAUGGACAAGGUGUCUUUUCCACUGCUGUGUCAGAGGAGAAUCUGGAAAGGGCCAGGAGAAGAAGCACCUACGUGGACUUCAGUGAUCGGCUUGUGGCAGUCAGAGACUAUCGCUUUCGAAGACCAAAACUGGAUCCGGACAUAAUCAUUAAGAGCAAAGCUGCAGAGCACUUAAUAAAGGGGAAAGAGGCAGUGGAGAAGUUCCAGUAUGAGAAGGCUGUGCUCUGCUUCUCCAAAGCCAUCUACCUGCAGCCUAAACAGACUGAGCUGUAUGUGAGCCUGGGAGAGGCUUAUAUUCAGCUGUGUGACUUCCAGUCAGCAGCCGACUCUUAUAAUCGAGCCAGUUUCCUGGACCCUGGAGCUUUCGACGCUCGUCUGUCCUUCAUCUACUACAUGCAGGCUCAGUGUCUGUUCGACCGCGGUCUCUUCCUGGAGGCGCUGCACAUGUUCGGGAAAGCUGCCGACCUGAAGCCGGAGGCCGCCGGCGCCUUCAGAAUCAGAAGCCUGGCCUGCCUGACAGCGGCAGGGCAACACGGCGACUGUCUGAAGGAGCUGGACCGGGUCAUCUCAGAGGGUCCGUCUGCCGAGCUCUACGUCUUCAGAGCCAGAGUUCACAAGGCCAUGAACCAGACAGCCUGUUGUCUCCGAGACGUGCGGUCAGCGCUGGAGUUGGACCCGGAGUGCCAGGAGGCCAGAGCGAUGCAGCAGCACCUGAUGGAGGCCAGCGAGGACAACAGGCAGCAGGCGGUGAUCAGGAUGCUGUCAGGCCACCUGCAGGAGGCGCUCUGCCUGAUCAACGUCGCCCUGGAGAGCAAUCCGGAGAACGGACAGCUCUACCUGUUCAGAGGGACUCUGUACCGACGUCUGAAGGAGUUUAUCUCGGCCAUCGAGGAUCUGGUCCAGGCUGCUGAGCUCUGCGAGCCGAAGGAGGAGGAGAGGAAGGAGAGCAGCUCCGUCCUGAAGGAGGUGCAGCUCCAGCUGGCUCUCACCUUCAACGACUUUGCUGUCCAGUGCUUCAGCAGAGGCCUCUACGACGAGGCGCUCCUGCUUCUGAACAAGGCCAUCAAGGAGGACAGGAACAUGGGCGGCCUGUACCUGAACCGAGGAGACUGUUUCUUCAGGCAGGCCGACUGGUGUUACGCUCUGCUGGACUACCAGCAGGCCGAGGAGAUGCUGAGUCCCAACGAGCCGGCCCUGAGGCUCCGCCUGGCCGUCAUUCACAGCACUCUGGGCUCCUUCUGCUUCCAUGACUGGUACUUCCAGGACGCAGCCGACAUGUUUUCCCUGGCCAUCAUGUACAACCCGACCGCCAGUCCGUACUAUGAGUACCGGUCGAAGGCGCUGCGCCGGAUCCAGAACCUGAAGGGCGCCAGAGAGGACCUGAUCCGCCUGCUGAUCCUGGACCCCGACAACGAGGAGAUCCCCCCGAUGAUGAUGAACCUGUUCCCCGGCAGCACCGUGGCCCAGGUUCUGUCCAGCACCAAGGGGCAGUUGCUCCGAGAUGAGCUGACGGAAACCAUCCGGGUCUGGGAGUCUUCUUCUGAUCCAGAGAAGAGCCUGGAGGAAAGUCUGAGCAGCCUGACUGUGAGCGGUGAGAGUCCAGAGGGCGAAGCGUUGAGCCUGUCUGAAGCUGCUCAGGAGCUCAGCCUGUGUGUGAGCAGGAAGGACCUGCAGAACGCAGCCAGGGCCCUCCUGCAGGUGGAGGAGGCUGUGGAGUCGUUCAUCCCCGUCUGUCCGGCCCUGCGCCAGAGCAGCACUAGCGCCUCAAAGUGUCCACCAACAGCAAGCGCGUCUACUCUUCCACUGCCAGCAAACCUGAGCCGCCUGGGGUCUGGAAAAUAACACCAGCGUUCACAUCCAGUCCUACUCUGUUGUUAGAUUCUCUGUUUUAACAUUUUUACUUCUUUAAAAUCAUUCAGUACUGUCACUAAUCCAAUUAAACGACUGUAGUAUUUUCCAUUUUAGAUAUAUAUUUGAAAGUCUAAUCCUACAGAAAUUACAAAAAGUGUUCAUUGUAUCAGCUUUUCUGAAGAGUCAGUCAGGGGCCACACAAAGUCAUUCCAAGGGCCACAAAUAGCCACCGGGCCGCACUUUGAACACCACUUCAGUAAAUCUUCCUUGAAAGAAAAUGUCACGUUUCUUAUAUUUGCAGGACAUAAAAA